AGCUUGGCACGUUGUUCUCUGACAUUCGUUUCAACGCCGACACUGUGUUUCUUAUCAAUUCUUCUCCUUAGUAUUGACCAGUUAACAUGACUACGGGAACGGAGAAACCCAGUACAAGAGUUAUUCAGGUGACAAAUAUCGCCCAAAAUGCCACAGUUGAUCAAAUGAAAACGCUGUUUGGAUUCUUGGGUGAAAUUGAAGAAAUGCACCUCUUUCCUGAGGAUCCAAUGAUUCACCUUGGUACAGCUACGCGAGUUUGCUUUGUUAAGUUUACUGACCCUUCCAGUGUGCAUGUAGCUCAACAUCUUACAAACACAGUCUUCAUAGACAGAGCGCUAAUAGUUGUACCAGUUCAGGAUGGAACUAUUCCAGAUGAAUCUAAAGCAGUUCAGUUGGCAGCGCCUGCAAGUGCUGUAGCUGGAGGCUUCACAGGAUCAUCAGGAGGGUUACUGCCCACUCCGCCAAUACCAGCUCAGGUUCCUAUUGUCCCAGGUGUAGUUUCUACUGUCAUUCCUGGGUUGGCCACUGCCCUGACUGUACCUGCCCCAUUACCUCCUCCACCUCCUCUCAACAAUGUGGACCCCACUAAAAUUGAUGAAAUACGCAGGACAGUCUAUGUUGGCAACUUAGACACGACGCUCUCUGCAGAGCAACUUAUGGCAUUUUUCUCAGGCUGUGGUGAGAUCCGAUAUGUAAGAAUGUCCGGUGAUGAAACCCAACCCACCAGGUUUGCAUUUGUUGAAUUCUCUGAGGCUGGUGCAGUGAACACAGCUUUACAGUACAAUGGAGUGAUUUUUGGUGGCAGGCCUCUCAAGGUUAGCCACUCAAAAAAUGCAAUUGUGAAGCCAGCAUCCAAGUCCUCAGAUAAGGACCGGAAAGAUAUUGACAAAGCAAUGCGACGUGUUAAAGAAGCAUCUUCUAUCAUUGAGGAUGAAAUAGAUCCUGCUGAUAGGUCUAAAUCUCGCUCAAGGUCACGAUCUAGAAGAAGAUCCAGUUCAAGGUCAAGGAGACGUAGGUCCCGUUCCAGGUCAGGCUCACGUCGAAGGAAACAAUCCCGCAGCCGCUCACCUUCCAGGGACAGGUAUAGGGAAAGACGUCGCAGAUCUCGGUCUUCAUCAAGACAUAAAAGUUCACGACGUUCUCGUAGCAGGGAGCGAAGAAGAGGUCGUCGUUCAAGGUCUAGGGACCGCCGUUCCAGAUCACCAAACCGAUCACCUGAUAGGUCAAAGGAAAGGAAAAGAACAGCUUCACCUGAGCGGUCACCAUCAAAAGAAAAGAAAUCCCAGAGGGAGAAGUCCGAGGCUGCUGAUAAGGAUGAAAGCUCUGAAGAGAGGACUGAAAAAAGACGAUCUAAAGACAAAGAGAGAAAUAGAGAAAUAGAAAAGGAAAGAGAGCGAAGAAAGGAAAAAGAGAAACAGAGGGAAAGGGAAAAAGAAAGACAAAGGGAACGGGAACGGGAACGGGAAAAGGAAAAACAAAAGGAAAGAGAGCGGGAGAGAGAAAGAGAAAGAGAGCGGGAGAGGGAAAGAGAAAGGGCGAGGUCAAGAAGUCAGUCUCUGUCACCAUCACCAAAGAGAGGUUCUUCAAGAGGUCAUCAUAAGAAGAGAAAAGAGCGAAAAGUGAGAGAGAAAAAGUACAGCAGCUCACAAAGUGCUGAUGAAGAAAGUGACAAAGAAAGAGACUAUCCAGCAGGAAGUGAUGAGGAAAAGGAAAAGACGAAAAGAAGUAAGAGGCAUGGUAGUACAGAGAGAGACAGUGAUGGUUCUGAUUAUGAAAAGGGUAAGAAAAAGAGGCCAAAAUAUGUGGAGGAGGAAGAAAUGGAUGAAGUUGUCUCUGAGAGUGAAAGACGAGAUGAUAAAGAGGACAGAGGUAGAGACGAAAGAGAAGAUAGUUCAAGUAGACGAUCCAAGAAAAAGUCCAGGAGCUACAAGAAGAAGCCUGUCAGUGCAGGCGAUUACGACAGUGAUAGUGACUAACAUUUGUCUGAGUUGUAUUGCUUUUCCUCUAGUAUCACAUGAAUUGUAGCAAGCAUCGUAAAGUUAUCAGUUCCUGUAACGGUGCCUCCUACAUCUUUUGUUAUUUUAAAAGCAGUGGCUUUUCCGUACCUAACACGUUUUACGAGUGUAACAAAGUUUAUGAUGCAUUGUAUACAAAAAUGUGAGGGUUUCACUUGAUCACCGAUGAUUCUCUCAAAUUCAUAUUACAACCUGUGAAACUAACCAAUGCCUUUAAGGUUCCUUCCAGUGUAAGUUCCUUGCUCCCUGCUCAAUCCUGUCCCCAAUGUAAUUUUGUUGUCAAGGACAACUUUUAUGUGGCUUUGUCUAUACUGUUUUAAAUAAACUGUGUUGCCUUUACAAACUAGAUAAUGAAUUGAAUUACGCACUCGUCUAAAUAUGA